AAAGUCCAACUGAAAGAAAACAAAGUCUAACUGAAAGAAAACAAAGUCCAACUGAAAGAAAAAAAAAGUCCAACUGAAAGAAAACAAAGUUCAAUUGAAAGAAAACAAAGUCCAACUGAAAAGAAAACAAAACACUAACCUCUGCUUUCUCUCACUUUCUCCUUCUUCUUCAUUAUUAAACAACAAGCUGAGAUAGAAUUUGUAGGAAAGAGAGAAGGAGAAUUUUAUUUUCUGAAUCAUCUGAAUCUCACACCAAGUUUAGAAAUAUAUGCAGAGAGUAACUCAAUUUCUUCUUUUUCUUAUGAAGGACCUCACAUUCACAUUACAUUCUGAAAAAUAAACCCAUCUCUUUUUCUUCUUCUUCUUGAUAGUUCCAUCUUCCUUCGCCCCAUUUUCUUCUGGAGCAAUAUACAUUCCUCCUUCCUUAAGGAAGGAAAAGUCUCAAACUCCUAAUUCCUAAUAUCAAGAUGGUGAAGGUUAACAAAUUCAUUACAAACACUGUUGACUAUAUGGCUAUAUGCUCCUUCAGCUAACGAAAAUGUUACAAGCAAACAAGGAUACCUGACUAUGUAUGUUACUGCGUAUUUCAAAAUUUCAACAGAUGGCAUUCAUGAAGUAAUCAGUGCCUAAUUCAGUCGAUAAGAGCAGGGCAUCUUCCUUCGCCCCAUUUUCUUCUGCAGCAAUAUGCACUUCUCUUGAGUUUCAGGUAGUCUUCAUUUUUUUUUCAGGUAGUCUUUAUUUUUUUUUCAGUUAGUCCAUUAUUUCUUUCAGUUGGCCCAUUAUUUCUUUCAGUUGGUCCAUUAUGUGUUUCAGUUGGUAUACAUAUUACGAAACAAAGUUCAACUGAAACAAAACAAAGUCCAACUGAAACAAAACAAAGUCCAACUGAAACAAAAAAAGUCCAACUUAAACAAAACAAAGUCCAACUGAAAUAAAACAAAGUCCAACUGAAACAAAAUAAAGUCCAACUGAAACAAAAGAAAGUCCAACUGAAAAUGGAAAAUAGGAAAAGAAUGAAGACUGAACAUCAUUUUCUCUCUCCUCCCCUCACCUCUGCUUCGCUGCAAUCUCUUUCACAAAAUUUUUAUCACAUUCAAAAGUCAGACCACUCCCCUAUUUGAUUUGGAGUUCAUCUCUUUCUCUUAAAAAUUUUCCCUUCUUUUUUGUUGUAAUUAUCCCAUUCAAAUUCGUCUUCUUCAUCAAUGUCUUCAUGAGGUCUUUUUGAUUUCAGAGUUAUUCCCAUUCUUUUGGAAGCUUGGCUAUAUUACUAUUUUUUUUGUCUUCUUCAACUUUCCAAAACCUAGAUUGAAACAGACGAUGAGGAGAGAGAAAAAGGCGUCGAGUGGAAUUUCUGAAAUUCAAAUUCUGAAAAAUGAUUUUCUUCAAUAUGAGAGAAGUAGGGGUACUCGCUCUGCGUAACAAAACAAAUUAAAAUUGUAUAGUACUGGGCAGCCUGUCUGACAAUAUGUAUUGGGUCAGACGGUCUGACCCAAUACUUUCACAUAUGAUAAUGCCGAUUCACAUUGUCCAAUUCUAUGCAUAGACUACAAAAACGUCAAUCGAAAUUGUCACACUGGAACCCAUUAUCUAGGUUUUUAUUUUAGACAGGCCACAAGUACUUUUCCUAUUACCAUCACGGCAUCACAUAGCAAAUGGCCUUUGAUCAGUUUUAAUAAAAUCUUCGAAGAAAAAUUUUCCUUUCUUGAUAAUUGAACAUCGUACUAUUCAUUGCCGAAAACCAAGCUGAAAGUAAUUCAGUAACUCGCCCAUACACGACCAACCAAGCAAUUUCUACUACUCAAGUUACCGAAUCUUAAAAUUCCUUGUUUUGCGAAGAAAUUUGGGGCAGAGUAUGUCACGUUGUCUCCUGGACCCUAUGGCACAUUAAUGGUGAGAUUUGGCCUCCUCCAAUUUGAGCAUCCCUAACUAUGGGCGGUUGUUAUACUAGUAUUAGGUAUUUUCUCUAGGCUAAGGAGUCUAAUUCUUGUAUUUAUUUACACCCCUCUCUUUUAAUAUGAAAUUUUCAUAAUUAAAUUUCUAUUUCUUUUGUAUUGUUUUGUUUGAUUCAUUUAAACACAUUAUCUAAAGAGGAUGUAUAAAAUAACUUUUUUAUCAUUAAAAAUGGAAUCACAUCUGUUCCAUUCCAUUCAAUUCUUAAAUCACCUCAUCAAGCUUGUAAGUAUAUUGACAUCUUUGUUUUGGUACAUUUUUUCAUGGUAAUGAAUAGUAAAAUUAGACAUAAAUAAGUGUGGAUAAUACAAGGAAAACCAUAAAAGCGUGUGAAGAGCAAACAACAAAGCCGAUAUUCUAAAUGUUCCAGGAUCUGUCCUCCUACUAGUGGUCCUUAUUGCAGAUAGUUAGAACGACGGGUGAAAGCAACAAAAGCAAGUUGUAAUUCGUUUAAUGGUCCAAACAUUAAAGAUCUAUUAAUUGAAAAUAAGGACGAAAAGAAUAUUAAAAACAGAUAAAUGUUGUUCCAUGUAACCCAUUCAAAGAUUUGAUUUUCCUUCGCCAAAAAUCAAUACGACGUAUUUUUCUUAUUUUCAAGAUCAUAAAAUUUUCUAUACAAUUGAUGUAUAUUUUAUAUGCGCCAACAAACUAUCUAUAAAUCAAUGAAAUGAUUAUACCAUCUUUUUCAUUUGAUUAAUUUAUCCAAAAUUCCCUUAUCUUCCCCAAUUUAUGAAAGAGUUACAUUACCAAGUGACAUACUUGCUAUAUAGAAAAACUUCCAUUCCCGGAUUGAGUUAUUUGCAUAAAUGUAGUUCAUUUAAGAAAAUUUCAAAUUAGAUGUUACACUUUCAUUUUGAGUAAUAACUUUUAUCUAUUCCUCUCGUAUUACAUGUUCACAUGGGAUCCUUUUGUUUUGUUUGUCUGUAUCUCUCUCUCCUUUCCAAAAGUUGUUUAGCAGUCCGUAAUUGUAAAAGUGUAACAUGUAAAAAACCGAAGGAAGUAUAAUAAUUCAAUUGUUAUAUACUACCUGUGUAUUUUUUUAAUUGCAUCAUUUGAUUUUGGGCCACUUUUCAUCAAUCAACUUUGUUAUACUAUCUCGCAUCAUUACAUAAGAAAAAAAGGUAGUCAAGUGGGGUCUUGGUAGAUUUGUCUCAAUGCGAGAAUUCCAAAUAUCAAAUUUUUUAAAUUCUUACUUACACAUAAUAAGAUAUAUUAACGUUUAAAGAAACGUCUCGGUAAAUGUGAAAAAACAAAUGGUGCAACUAACAAAAGACAAAUAAAGCUACUUUUUUUAUAAAGGUAAAGAGAAAAAAAAGGUUAGGAGACCAUUCACACGAGAGAAGUUCCAACUUUAUCAUUUAUAAAAAUAAAGUGAAGAGCAGAUUGAUUACAUAUCUAUGUUAAACUGAGAAUCAAUUAUGGCUAUAUUUAGUUUACCUGAAUUUUUCUAAUCUGAACUUAUCUGAUAUGAUCUGAACUUAUUUUUUCUGAUCUGAUCUGAUUCGAACUGAUCUGAUUUACAAGAUCUUAUCUUUUAUAAAAUAUAUUAUUACUAUUAUAUUAUUACUUUGUAAUUCAUUAUUAUGCAAUACAAUAUAAUAUCUUAUUUGUAGUAUUACUAUUAUUAUCAUUUUAUUUCUAUUACAACUUUUACACAAUUUUUAUUAUUAAUAAUAAUAAUUAUUAUUAUCACUAUUAUAAGAACAACAACAAUUAUUAUAAUCAUAAUAAUAAUAAUUAUUACUAAAAAUAAUUAUAUAACCCAAGUCAUUAAUUUAUAAGAGCACUUAUACAAUGUUUCACACUUUCCCUUAAAAGAAAAAUGUUUCAUACUUGAGAAGUCGGCAGAGUCAACUCUUUUUUUCAUAUAAAAUACGGUUUUUUCACCAGAUACCCCUGACAAAAAAAUUUAUUCACCAAAUACCCCAUCUUUUUUUCAAAAUUCACCAGAUACCCCUAACUUUUAAAAAAAUUCACCAGAUACCCAUAACUUUGAAAAUAAAAUAAGAUAUACAAACAACUAUGACUUGCGAAAGAAAGAAAUAAACAGCGUGCAACUUCAAAUAGCUAGAGCGAUUUGGAAUUAGGUAGGAAGAGGUAUACCGAAUCUAAAUUUAUAAUUUGUAUCUCGCACUUAGCUUAUUUUGAAAUGUAAUUCGAACUUAGUAGUUUCUUUGUCAUGGAUUUGAGCUAUCAUAUUUUAUAUAUUUCUUAUUUUUGUGUCAAUCUUAUGUUCUUAACACGUGGCUUUUAAUUUUCUAUUAUUUAAUAACAACAAAAUAACUUAAAAUAAUGAUAACAAUGAUAUUUAUAAUGAUAACAACAAGAUUAAUAAUAAUUACCAAUAUUAAUAAUUAAUAAGUACAACAACAACAAUAAUAAUCCUUUUGAACAAAUAUACUAGUAAAUAAUAAUACUUCCUUUGUUUUUUUUUAUCUUUCUCACUUAGAAUCUUGACACUAUUCACAAUUAGAGAGAAUCUUUUAGAUUUUCUCAAUAUAUAAGAAAAAAUAUAGUCAUGUGGGGUCUUUUUUGAUUCGUCUCAAUGAGUACUUUAUUAAUAUUCAAUUAUUAUAAUUUUUACUAAUAUGUAAUGAAAGAUAUUUAAUAGUAAUGAUGAGUUUUUUUAAAUAUAAGCAUUAUCUGAUCUGAAAUGAUCUGAUCUAAACUUAUUUUUUCUGAUCUGAUUAGAUUAGAUCUGAAAUAAGCAAAAAUAAGGUGAACUGAACAUAGCCUUUAUGUUUCAAGGGAAAAGCUAAAUGCAGCCCUAAGGGAUGCAUAUAAGAAGCUAAAAAUGAAAAAAACAAGCAUUAAUUGAUCAUUUAUUACAUAGAUUAAUGCAAACUUUUGUCAUAAAUUAACAACUAAUUUUCAUUUUAUGUCUUAUAUGCAGCCCUAAGGGCUGCAUAUAGCAUAACCAAUGUUUCAAUGCUACUUGGAUUAGUCAAAGAUUGCUCCAAAUGUAAUGAAGGAAUUGGUACACAGUAUUCAAAAGUUUCAAACUCUCAGAGUGUGCCUUGACUAAUGAACAUAUGCAAAUUUGAUGCCGUGCCGCGUCAGAUUUUUCUUGGAACUUGUCAAUCAACAAAACUGCCAGCCAAUGCUCAAGAGUUUAUUUGUACUCAACAGUGUUUAAAAUCUCUAUAAAUUACAGUUUGAGUAAAAUAUCAAACAUUUAGGAUUCAUUAUUUUACAGACGCCUAAAAUCUUAAGUAUUUUUACCGACCAAAAUAAUAUUCUAAUUUUAUGUUUAAUAAACCUAAAGUACUAAAUAUUAGACAUUUAUAAGUCUUAAGAGGUAGGUUCAUGCCUAAAAUGUCUAAAAUUAGAAAUAAAAUAGUAAAAUGCAUGAGAUAUAAAUAGAGAGUAGGUCCAUUUUUUUUCUUUUUUUUUUUUUUGAUACGGAAAAGAAAACUAGGACAGAAUCCCUAAUCUGGAGGCCAGCCUAAAACAUCCUUGCGGAUGACAAGAGAAAAAUCCAAAGAGUAAGGAGGAAACUUGUAGAUGAGGUUGGUCGCUCUGUGACCUUCAUGAGCCAUAAAAUCUGCUGCCCGAUUAGCCUCCGGGAAACAAUGCGCAAUAGAAAACCCUCGAAAUUUGGAUAAUUCGAGCCCUGCAUCAGAAAGAAUAGCAUUAAUUGACCAAGGGGGCUUCCAAAUCUUAAGAAGAGAAUUGAUCACAGAAAGAUUAUCUCCUUCAAUAAGAAUAUUUUCCAGAUUAAGAAAGCGAGCUGCUGUGAUAGCUUCCCGAAGACCCGCAGCCUCAGCCUGGACAAUAGAGUAAUCUGCAGGCACUGAAUUGCAACCCGCUAAGAUAGCAUCACCAAGGUAGUUUCUAAUCACAAAACCAAAGGCUGCCCUCCCAUCUUGGUAUUUAGACCCAUCAAAAUUUAUUUUAAAAAAGCCUUGAGGAGGAGGGACCCAACUCUUGGACCGACUGCCCGAAAUCAAAACUUGGUUCGAAAGGUUGAUCUUGGAAGGCACCAUAUUAUCUUGGGAAAUUUUACAAAGAUUCCACUCAUUGGCAAAUUUCACAAUAAGACAACUAAGUUGUCUUACCGAAAAAGCCUCCUCGGAGAAAAUAAUUUUAUUACGAGCAAACCACACAAACCACCAACCCAUGGCUAGUUGGCACGUUUUAUCCAUUCCUAACUUAUCUAUACAAACUUGAAGAUUUUGUCGGAACAAAACAAAAGACAUUGCCACUGGAAUUUGAGGCCAGUCGCAGUCUUCCUCUAAUUGAAGGAAAAGAUCAACAACAAAACGACACUGAAAAAAUAAAUGAGAGGUAGUCUCAGGGCAGCAACCACAAAAUUCACAUUGUUGGGGAGUGAAAAUUUUCAUUUGCUCUAGUCUAUCCUUUGUUGGUAACCCAUUAUUACAUGCUUUCCAAAGAAAAUUUUUAAUUUUAGGCGGUAAGGAUGACUUCCAAAUCCACUUAAACUCCACCUGAUCUUGAGAACCAAUUUUAUUAUCAAUAAGAUGCCUAGCACCAGACUUAACAGAAUAGAUACCAUCACCCGCCGGACCCCAGAAAACCUCAUCAUCAACAUCAUUAGUGGGGAUGAAGAUUUGGGAAAUCAAAAUACAAAUUCCUAGGAAGAAGAGUAUUUAAGUGUUGGAGAUCCCAAGUUUUAGCUUCCGUUAUAAAGUCUUGACUCUUAAAUUAUUAUUGGUGUAAUUUUGAAUUAUUUUGCUUAAAGGGUACGGAUAAACCCAAUUAUUGUGCCAAAAAUUAAUUUUAACCCCAUUACCAACUUGCCAUCUAAGUCCUGAUCGAAAUAGUGGUCUUAGAGACAUAAGCUUUUUCCAUUGCCAAGAAGAGUUCGGAGAAACUUUAUAAUUCAAAAAGUCUCUAUUUUUGCAGUAUUUUCUUUUCGCCAAAAUAACCCAUAAAUUAUUAUCAUUUUUAAGCAAUCUCCAAAGAAGUUUCAUUUGAUGAGCAAUAUUGUUAACAUCAGCUUUUCUAAAUCCUAGACCUCCAAAAGGUUUAGGAGUGCAAAUACGAUCCCACCCUAUCAAAUUGGGUGACUUAGAUUGAUUUUCUUUAUUCCAGAAAAAAUUACGAUAGCUACUAUCAAGCUUAUUUAAAAUAGUUUUCGGAAGCAAGAAACUUUGCAUCUGGUAAUUAGCUUUAGUGGCCAGAUUUGCCUGAAUUAGGACCGCUCUACCAGCCUGAGAAAGGGAAUUCGCCUUCCAUUUUGGUAAUUGAGCUUGAACUUUAUUCACAAUAGGCAUAAAAGUUUCUUUAGUAACCCGACGAUCAAUAAUGGGACAACCUAAAUAGCUAUCCAGAGAGGAUGAGUAAUCCAUAUUUAAUAUUUCUUGGAAAACCUCUAUCUCCGAAUCAGAAACAUUGGCAGUACAUUGAAAUGCUGAUUUGUUAAAAUUGACUAAUUGACCCGACAUGGAGCAAUAUUUAUCUAAAAUGGAUUUAAUCAGCACGCAACUAUCCUUGUUUGCCUUAGCAAAUAUCAUGGUAUCAUCUGCGAAAGUUAAGAAAUGAACUUUUACUCCAGACUUUCCUAUCGAAACCCCCACUAAUUUGUCAUUAGUCAUGCUAUUGUGGUGGAAUUGCCUAGCUAAUAACUCUGCACACAAGAUAAACAAAUAAGGGGAUAAAGGGUCACCCUGACGAAUUCCCCUAGAUGGAAAAAAUCUAUCACCAGGAAUACCAUUAGCCAAAACCGAAAAGGAGACAGAAGACAGACAAGCACGAAUCCAAUUAAUCCAAACCAUACUAAAACCUAAGUGCUGGAGCAUUGCAUAAAUAAAAUUCCACUCCAGCCUAUCAUAAGCUUUCUCCAUAUCCAAUUUAAUAGCCAACCAGCCUUCCUUACCCGACUUCUUUCUGAAGGAGUGAAAAACUUCAUGAGCAAUUAAAAUAUUAUCUUGAAUUAAUCUUUCUGGAACAAAGGCCCCUUGAAGAGGGUGAAUAAUUUUUCCCAAAACCACCUUCAAUCGGUUCGCUAAAAUUUUUGCUAUUAUUUUGUAAAUAGUAGUACAAAGGCUAAUUGGGUGAAAUUGAGAAGCUUUUUCGGGAUUUUCAAUUUUAGGAAUUAAAGCUAAAAACGUAUGAUUGAUUUCAGAUAAGAUUCUACCAGAGUGAAAAAAUGCGCGGACAGCUCUGAUUACCGAGUUUCCCACAAGAGUCCAAUAUUUUUGGAAGAAAAAAGGAGGAAAGUAGGUCCAUGCUUAAAAGGGAAAUCUUGCAAUAUAUAUCUAUAUAUAGAAAAAGUUGUGAUAAUAUGAGACGAAAAGAGUAAUAUUCCUUUUUCAGUUUUAAAAAAAGCAUAAGUAAUAGAAAAAAUAGUUAUAAACCACCUUUUGAAUGACAAUUUUUAUGACAAACUGCCUAUUAGAAAUAUUUGCACGAAGCCACUUUAUAUGAUUUUUUUUUGUGAGAUAAAUUUUGUUUUCGGAUUCCGACGAUUGACUUUAAUUUUCUAGCGCUGACUAGCAUGUGUACAUCACAUGACCUACUUAACCCUUAGUUUCUUUCAUUUAAGCCCAUUCCCUAUGCACCAUCCUGAGUGUUUUUGGAAGAUUUCACAUUCCUUCCCCAUGUACUGCCAUAUAUGGAUCCUUUAUUGAAGGUUAUACACUACAAGAAUCCGUCUUAUUACCUAUCAAAAUUAUCUACCGCAUUUCAAUCAGUAGGUAAUUAUUAUUAUAGCUACUGCUCCGUGAAAAUACCUACUACUUUGACAUCGGUAGAUAAUUUAGCUACUGAUCACAUUUAACACCUACUGUUUUUAAAAAUCGGUAGGUAAUUUACCUACCACUCUUAUUUAACACCUACCAUUUUAAAAAAAUAGUAGCUAUUUACCUACCACUUAUCUCCUUAUACCUACUAUUUUGCAGUUGGUAUAACAAUUAAAGAAUUAUCUCUAUAAAAAGAAAAUACCAACUAAUUUUAUAAUAAUACCUACUGUUUAGUGGUAGGUAAAUUAUUAUAGUAGGUAUAUCCCAAUUACCCAUUAGAAACCCUACCAAGUAUGUCUGUUUUGUUAUCACUCCGAAAAAACGUGGUCCAACUUCACCCAAAUAACGCCAAUUAAAGCUGCCACCAUUGAUGAAACCCUAGCUGCCGGAAAUCGUCGCUUGACCGCCUUUGCUGGCGCCGAAUCGCCACCGCAAAUUGUUGCUGCUGUCGCCGCGAAUUGUUGCUGCUGUCGCCGCGAAUUGUUGCUGCUGUCGCCGGAAUUGUUGCUGCUGUCGCCUUUGCUGCCGAAAGUGUUGUCGCCUUACCGCCUUUGCUGCCGAAAUUGUUGUCGCCUUACCGCCUUUGCUGCCGGAAAUCCUUAUGUUGUUGAAUGCUCUCAUGUUGAUUGGAGAAGAAUUUAGAGCAAAGGUGUUUGAAUUAUGAUGCCGACCGUUGCUACCACUGUUGGUUGAUUUCGCUUCCUUCAAUCAAUUCAUCCUCACCAUUCUGAUUUUAGAUGGCUCCUAAUGCAGGUCGAGGAAGAAGUGCAGGUAAGGGUAGAAGUGGUGGUCGAGGUUGUGGGGAUGGAGACAUGAUUCUAUCCACGACGCAACAAACUUCCACUCAUACAUCAUCUCUGGGAGAAGUUAGCAAUGAUGUUGUAGUGGAAAACGGUGGCGAGGAUUCGAGCUCUGAAAAGUUGGAGUUAGAUCCUAAUUCAUUGUGGUUUGAGCACAACAAAGUUACAAGAGAAAUUACAAAUUGUAUACAAGCGUACUAUGAAGAGCCUUGGAGGAAUUGGAGUGAAGUUGACAAAGACACCAAAGAUCAAUGGUUUAGGAUAUUCAGGCUCAAAUUCACUUGGCGUUCAGAGUUGGCUGAUGAAGUUCGAAGAGCUUUUGAUCAAAAGGGGGCAAAAAGACUGAAGAGGUUGCACUAUUGGCUAACUUCCUCAAAACCAAGGAAAAAGGGUGGGGUAUGCCCUGCAUGGAUGCAGGUGAAUGUACACAAACAAGUAAUGGAGAGGCUUGAAGAUCCAGAAUUCAAGAAGAGAUCGGAACAAGCGAAGAAAAACAAACUAAGUGGAGUGGAAAAUGGAGUGAUUCACCCUGGGCACAUCCAAGGCUCGAUCUCUACACAUGAAGUUGCAGAACGAUUGGCGAAACAGAAAGGUCUAUUACCACUAGCUGCAGAUGUGUAUCUGACAACACAUAGUAAGACAUACGUCAACCUUGGGAAAGUACCUUGUAGUGCUAAGCCAAAAAAAAUCAUGGAUGAUUAUGAAAAGAAAAAGGUGGCUGAGUACAAAGAAAAAGGCAUCAAUAAAGAUCUAAAUGAGGUCUACUUGGAGGUGGUAGGUGGAAGAAAGAAAGGGUUGGUCCCUGGAUUAGGAUGUAGUGGUGAUUUGUGGUUCAAAAAGUCUACUUCCCGCAAAAAUAGUUCUUCUACUACUGCUUACACACCAUCACUUCUUUCUCAACUUUCAAGUCAAUUACAACAAUCUCAACAACAACUUGAACAAUCUCAACAAUAAGCCAAUGAGCGGAUGGUUGAACUUGAACGCAAACAAGCUGAGUAUGAGAAGAAGUGUGAACAACUUGAGAAUGAACGUAUAGCAGUAGAGAGGGAGCGCAUUAAAUCUCACCAAGAGAACCAAGAAGAAAUGAGAAAAUUUUAUGGAAUAUAUUGAAGUCCUGAAGAGACAAGUUCUAGAGAGUUCGAAAGGUUCAAAACUGUGUAAAUCUAAGCGUUCAACUCAUUCUCGUGACAAUGAAGAUCCAUCAAGUGGAGGCGCUCCUUGUGCUACUUAGUUCCAUUAUUAUUCAAGAGUAAAGGGGUUCUAGAAGUUACAUUUUGGACAACUUACUUUAGUAGCUUCCGUUUUGGACAACUUACAUUAGUAGUCUAUGCUACUUUGUCGAUGGUUUUUGUACGCUAUGUUUUUACAUGAAUUUAAAAUAUAAGCACUAUUUCCCCCCUUAUUAGUUGGGUAUGUAGUAGUUGAUGGUUUUGGUUGUAAGUUAGUUAACUUUUUUAAACUUUAUUAUAUAUAUCUA